AUGGCUCGUUACAGCACCCUCGAGUCCGAGUGGCUCGCCAAGGACAUCACCACUCGUCGCGACAUACGCCAGCUAGACGCUGCCGAUACUGUGCUUCUCACUGGCGCUCUCGAGCAUCGUCCAAGCGAGAACAACUUCGGCGAUGGCCACCACAUUCCAAAGAUCGUCCUCACCACCGUCAUUGGCUACAAGAACCAGAUGGAACUCAUUCCGGUCGUCCCAUCUUCCUACAAGAUCCUCGCAGAAGCAGCCGCUGCUAUCGAGACGUGCGCCGCUGACAGCGAAUUCGCUAUUAUCGACAAGGCCACCAAGCUCAUCGGUCUGGCUCACGCUCUAGUCGACGAUCUCGAGGUCCGCGUGAAGCAGCGCGUGGCCAAUGUGUCCAGGAGCAAACUUCCAGCCCUCACCGAGGUUCAGCUCCUGAACGCCUGGAACCUGGUGUGCGAGUCGUAUCAGCGUGACUUGAAGCUGGACGAGUGCAUUGACAAGGCAAAGCAGCAGCUUAAGUCCGAUGCUGCAGGCGGGGGAGGUGCUGCGGGAGAGCCAGUCGAGGUAACUAAGUUCUGGUUCAAGUACGACUCGGCAAACUAUGAGCCACGUACCUGGAAGGACGACUUCAAGAAGAGGAGGUACUAG